GGAGAGGAGGAGAGGAAUCAGUCGAGACAAAGGUACAAAAGAAAGGAGCUGAUCCAUCCGCUGGGCUGGCUCUGAGUGUGCGCCUCGCAGCCGAGAACGAGGCUUUGUCCGCCGCCAUCCUGCGCAUAUCGGGGAGGGGGUGGCGGGGAUUUACCGCACCUUCACUGGGAUUACGGAAAGAAAGCACGAGAAAAACAACACACCGACUCCCGUGUGAAAAAAAAGACUAGACAUGUAUCCACAAGGCCGGCAUCCGGCUCCUCACCAGCCAGGGCAGCCUGGCUUCAAGUUCACAGUAGCAGAGUCCUGCGAUAGGAUCAAAGAUGAAUUUCAGUUCCUGCAGGCCCAGUACCACAGCCUUAAAGUAGAAUACGACAAACUGGCCAACGAAAAGACGGAGAUGCAGCGUCACUACGUCAUGUACUAUGAGAUGUCCUACGGGCUUAACAUUGAGAUGCACAAACAGACUGAGAUUGCCAAGCGCCUCAAUGCAAUUCUGGCUCAGAUCAUGCCAUUCUUGUCACAAGAGCAUCAACAGCAGGUGGCUCAGGCUGUUGAACGGGCCAAGCAGGUGACAAUGACUGAGCUGAAUGCUAUCAUCGGGGUACGUGGACUUCCCAAUCUGCCUCUGACUCACCUGCACCCGCCUCGUGGCGUCUACCCAGCCUUCACGCAGCAGCAGCUUCAGGCUCAGCACCUCUCUCACGCUGCCCACGGUCCCCCGGUCCAACUGCCCCCUCACCCUUCAGGCCUGCAGCCGCCCGGCAUCCCCCCCGUGACGGGCGCUGGCUCCGGCCUGCUGGCUCUAGGCGCUCUUGGCAGCCAAGCCCACCUGCCUGUGAAGGAUGAGAAGAACCACCACGACCUGGAGCACCGAGGCCCCUCAUCUUUUCACUCGCCCCUGGCCAUUCCUCUGAAAGAACGCGAGUCGAGCACGAAUAACUCAGUUUCGCCAUCAGACAGCCUGCGGGCAGCAAGCGAGAAGCACCGCAGCUCAUCAGACUAUGGUCUCGAGUCCAAGAAACGCAAAGUGGACGACAAAGACAGCAUGAGCAGAUAUGACAGUGAUGGAGACAAAAGUGAUGACUUGGUGGUGGAUGUCUCCAAUGAGGAUCCGGCCACCCCUCGAGUUAGCCCCGCUCACUCCCCUCCUGAAAACGGGCUGGAUAAAUCACGAGUCCUGAAGAAAGAUGCUGCCCCCAACAGCCCCGCCUCUGUCGCCUCUUCGGGCAGCACGCCGUCCUCUAAAGCUAAGGACCACGCCCAUAAUGACAAGUCAUCUACGCCAAGCUUGAAGUCAAACACGCCUACACCGAGGAAUGAGGCGCCGACACCUGGAACAAGCACCACUCCAGGACUACGGCCUCUAACUAUGGGCAAACCGUCCGGCAUGAUGGAGGCAUUGGCCGCACCAGCCCUGCGUACCCCCCUGUCCAUCGCCGGUUCUUAUGCCACUCCCUUUGCCAUGAUGGGUCAUCACGAGAUGAACGGAUCCCUGACGAGUCCUGGCGUGUAUCCGGGUCUCAUUUCCCCACAGAUGAGCGCUGCAGCCGCCGCCGCCUACGGACGCUCGCCAAUUGCGGGCUUCGACCCACAUCCUCACAUGAGAGCCUCUGGGCUGCCAGCCAGCCUCACUUCCAUUUCUGGAGGAAAACCAGCCUAUUCUUUUCACGUAAGUGCAGAUGGUCAGAUGCAGCCCGUGCCCUUCCCUCCAGAUGCACUGAUAGGGCCAGGCAUCCCAAGGCACGCUCGCCAGAUCAACACACUCAGCCACGGGGAAGUGGUGUGCGCCGUCACCAUCAGCAAUCCCACACGUCACGUCUACACCGGUGGCAAGGGUUGUGUCAAGAUCUGGGACAUCAGCCAGCCAGGCAGCAAGAGCCCAGUGUCCCAACUCGACUGCCUGAACAGAGACAAUUACAUCCGCUCCUGCAAGCUGUUGCCUGAUGGCCGCACCCUAAUAGUGGGUGGCGAGGCCAGCACACUGACCAUCUGGGACCUGGCCUCACAGACGCCCCGCAUAAAGGCUGAGCUCACUUCCUCUGCCCCAGCUUGCUACGCACUGGCUAUCAGCCCUGACGCCAAGGUCUGCUUUUCCUGCUGCUCCGAUGGAAACAUCGCUGUGUGGGACCUCCAUAACCAGACCCUGGUCAGGCAGUUCCAGGGCCACACGGAUGGAGCCAGCUGUAUUGACAUCUCCCACGACGGGACCAAACUGUGGACCGGAGGACUCGAUAACACGGUCCGCUCCUGGGAUUUGAGGGAAGGGCGACAGCUCCAGCAGCAUGACUUUACCUCACAGAUCUUCUCAUUGGGCUACUGUCCCACUGGGGAAUGGCUGGCCGUGGGUAUGGAGAGCAGUAAUGUGGAGGUGCUCCACCACACCAAGCCUGACAAGUACCAGCUGCACCUGCACGAAAGCUGCGUUCUUUCACUCAAGUUCGCCUACUGUGGUAAAUGGUUUGUGAGCACAGGGAAGGACAACCUGCUGAAUGCAUGGAGGACUCCUUAUGGUGCCAGCAUAUUCCAGUCGAAGGAGUCGUCCUCCGUCCUGAGCUGCGACAUCUCGGCAGAUGACAAAUACAUCGUGACAGGAUCCGGUGACAAGAAGGCCACCGUCUACGAGGUCAUCUACUAGAGAGAGAGAGGCUCCCGCUCUGCUUCAGCACUUCUACUGAGAUUAAAGUUUUCUCCCUGACCAACCGUCUGCGGGCUGCGGAUUUCUCAAAGUGUACUCGUGGAAAUCAGAGGCGCUGUCGGCCUGAGGAUGCUUGUACUGGAAAGAAAUGAACUUUUUUUCGUCCUUUUGUCUUUGGGUUUAUUUUUGGGUUGCACUUUUUUGUUUUUUUUUCUUUCCUCAAGAAUAUUUGGAUGUAACCUGGUGAAGCAGCGCUUCAUUGUGAGAAACUCCUUCCCCAGACAUCUUGUGCAAAGUGUACAUAUUGGAAUAAAUAAGACAUUUUAUAUAUAUUAUAAAAAUAUAUAUAUUUUCAUGUCCUGGGUGUACUUGUGGUGAUUUUUUUUUCUCCCCCUCCCACUCUGUUUGAUAUUUGAGUGGGACAUGAGAACUUUUUAACAGUUUUGCGCUUUGUUUUUCUUAAAGCACAUUCUGCAGGCUGAUCUUUUUUUGGAAAUCAG